UAUCAACACAUCGUCACCUUCAUUUCCCUUAUAAAUAAUGUGACAAUCUUUCAUCAUUUAUACAAAUCAGUUACUUAUCAGUUAUCACAAUCUACUCAAGCAAAUUAAACACAAAUUUAGGUUGUUCUCAAAAAUGAUUGAGAAAACUAUCAAUGGAGUCCAUAAUCAAAAUGUUGCAAACCCACAUGUUGUGGUAAUACCAUACCCAAGUCAAGGCCAUAUCAAUCCACUUCUUCAAUUUGCUAAACGUUUAGCUUCAAAAGGCAUCAAAGCUACAUUAGUCACACCAAAACAUACUCUCUCCUCUUUCUCCUCCCUCGAAAACGUCGUUUUCGAGCCAAUUUCUGAUGGGUUCGAAAAUCGAGGUUCCCCUGAAGUUGGCUCAGAGGACCUCUUUCUUAGUGCAUUCAAGUCAAAUGGGUCUAUUUCACUAUCUCGACUUAUUGAAACUCAUCAAAACUCUGCGUUUCCUGUCACUUGUGUAGUGUACGAUGCGUUUUUGCCAUGGGCUUUAGAUGUGGCUAAAGCGUAUGGCUUACUUGGAGCAGCUUUUUUUACUAACUCAGCUGCAGUUUGCUCUAUUUUUUGUUGUGUGAGCCAUGGCUUAAUUGAGUUGCCUCUUAACCCAGAUCAAGUUAGGACUGUGUUGCCUAAAAUGCCCUUAUUUAAGGGUAAUGAUUUCCCAACUUUUCUUAGAAAACCUGAAACUUAUCCUGCUUAUUUGACCAUGAAGCUGAGUCAAUUCUCUAAUUUGCAUUUGGCUGAUUGGAUGUUUUGCAACUCCUUUGAUGAUUUAGAAUUAAAGGUUAUUGAAGGUGUACAAGACAAAUGGGCAGCUAAAAUGAUCGGACCAAUGGUGCCAUCGUCCUACUUGGAUGGAAGAAUUGAGGGGGACAUUGGCUAUGGAUCAAGUCUAUGGAAACCAUCAAGUGAAAAGUGCAAGGAAUGGCUAAAAACAAAGCCAAAAAAUUCAGUAAUAUAUGUAUCUUUUGGUAGUAUGGUUUCACUAACACAACAACAAACAGAGGAAAUUGCAUUAGCUCUAAAACAAAGCAAUUACAAUUUCCUUUGGGUGGUUAGGGAAACGCAAGUGAAUAAACUUCCCAAAGGAUUUCAACAAGAAUUGUGUAUGACUAAAAAAGGAAUAAUAGUUACAUGGUGUAAUCAACUUGAGAUUUUAGGUCACGAAGCAAUUGCUUGCUUUGUGACUCAUUGUGGAUGGAACUCGACUUUAGAAGGGCUGAGCCUCGGAAUCCCAAUGGUUGGGGUUCCGCAAUGGAGUGAUCAAUUGCCCGAUGCGAAGUUUAUUGAGGAGGUUUGGGGGGUGGGAGUUUGGGCAAAGGAAGAUGAUAAGGGAGUUGUAAGGAAGGAAAUUCUUGGAGAAUGCUUAAAGGAAGUAAUGGAAGGGGAAAAGGGUAAAAAGAUAAGAGAAAAUGCAAUUAAAUGGAGGGAAUUGUCUAAGAAAGCUGUUGAUAAUGAUGGGAGUUCUGAUAAACAUAUUGAAGAUUUUGUUCAACAUUUGAGGUGUAAUUGUUUUGCUAAAACAAAAUCAAAUGGUUUUCGUUAAGU